AUUACUCAUUAGAUAUUUUAUAUCUCUUUAUGCAUUACUUUUUGAAAAAACUAAUUAGUAUCAAUGUGAGAUAAAGUACUUGUUUUUUUAAUGGUUGUGUUACAGUAGGCUCCAUGAGGGUCCAUAGUUGAAAUUCCUUUCAUCAUCUUCAUAACUGCCACUUUUUUUCCUCUGUCCUCUGUUCAUGCAAAACCUUGAAUUUUGUAUUAAUGUUCUCUCAUUUCUCUUGUGACUAUGUCUUUGCGGUAAUACCGAAUCUAUCAUAAAUCUACUUGAACUUUAUCUCCUUGUGGAAAUAUGUAGUAUUUUAGGUAGAAAGGUUAGAUAUGCAGACUAAAAGCAGCCACUUGUGCCAUUGUAAAAGCUUUUCAGAAAAUUCAUCCCAUGGGAGUUAAAAUCCUGCAAAGGCUUGUAUACUUAAGAAAUAGACUAUUAAGGCAAUAGAUUGUGUUUAACUUGAGUUGAACAUGAGUUAGAGUAUAAAAAGUGUCUUUCACAAAAAAAAAAGGAAAAAAGGAAUUAACAUAUAGACUGAAGGGUAAAUUCUGUCCUUCUUAAAAAUGUAUAAUCUAAUUAGAAUUUUGUGGGAUUUACUGGGAUGAGUUUUCCCUGUGGCAUAUGCAAAUACAAACAGGGAGAAGAUGUGCUCCAGGCUGCUAAUGGCAGACAUCUGCCUGGAGGGACAGCCAUGUAAAAAAUGCCUGCAUCCUUGUUCCCUGAGGACCUGGCAUCAGCUGAGGAGAUUCUUGAAGUUAUAGGAAGAUUUUUAAUUAUGGGGAAGUUCCUCAGAUGGUGAAAAUAAGCAAAGAUCUCUUUUAAAGGGGAAGAAGGAUCCGAUGGUGUUUCCUUAAAUCACACCUGUUGUAAGGUAGACAGAGUUCAAAUGCCAAAUAUUCCCUGCUCAGCUGCUUCCGAGUAUUUUGGCUGUUUUCUCUUAGCCAUCUCCAUCAAACUUUGGAGUUGGUCUCAGUGCAUUUGAGGACAAAGCUCAUGAAGGCACAUCUCAGCUUCUUGAGGAUGGGACUGAGACCGCAUCCUUCUCCCAUGAACAAGAGGGAAAGGCCAGAGUGCUGAUGGAGCACUUGGGAUCAUCCCCACACCUGUCUUGCUGCUCCAAAGGGAGCAGGAGCAGUGGUGGCUGGUGCUGCAGGGAUGCAGCCACACCAGGCAAGAUGGGGUGACCUUACAUGACUCCUAUAGGAAAGUGAGCCUGUGGCCAUGCUUUUCUGUUUGCUGCCUGCCUUCUUCCCUUGCCCUCCACAAAUGAGGUUGCUAUUCCCUGAGUUCAAAGCUAAGACUACAGCCAAGACCUUCAGGAAUUUUUGGAUGGCAAAAGAAAGAUGUAUAGAGAUGGAUGAAUUACAGUUUCCUCAGGUGGUUCAAUUUAUAUCUCAGCAUUUGGUUUGUAGGUUUUGGUUGAUACCUUCAAGAAAAUACUAGGGCUUUUUGUUAUUUCAGAGAGAAUGAUUGAAAUCAGAAUCAUUCCUCUCAGUAGCUGGUAAGUGGAUUAGUUUGGCAAAUUAAAGCUUUGGUUAGGAUGACAGUAGAAAAGAGUACUUGUCCUUACUCUUAAACAAUGACUCUUGUCUCUAAUGUUUCUUUUCUAGAAACUGAAAUACGUAUGCAUAUUUGAUAUUGUAUUUAGUCUCUCAAGAUGGCAUCCCAGGUCUGAUGUUCAAUUAGGAAGUGCAGUUCUGUAAUCCUUAUUUAAUUAGAACUCCCUGUCAUAGUCCCUGUGAGUUGCAUUUGUAAUUGGAUUCUCACAAGCGAGAAUAUGCAGAGGCUACCUCAAAGGGGAGUUGCAAUUUGCUGAUGUGUGUUACUUACCUGUAGUUCUUCGAGAAUGUUUCCUCUGCAUAUUCACAUUAUGGGUCCUGUCCACCUUCUGUUUGUCCUUGGAUUUCUGCUGCCCAAAAGCUGCCGUGUUCAGUAAGAAUAACUUGUAGCACUGUACAACUCUCAAAUCUCAGAUGGCUUGGUGUCAUGAGAUGGCCCUUGUACAGUCCUAGUAGUCACUGCUCUUCUAGGAAGUUCCUGUAGGCCACCAGCACUGGAGAACCCAAACCCACUGGUGUGAAUAUGCAAGGACAGCACUCUCAAAGAGCAAGCCAAUGACAUGGAAUUUUGUGAGACUCCCCAUAUCCUGUGCUCUGGCUAUCAGACUGACCUCCAUGGUGUAGCUGAGCACAGUUACCCGCUGGAGGUGGGCUCGGAUGUGGACACUGAGACAGAAGGAGGAGCAUCCCCGGACCACGCCCUGAGGAUGUGGAUGAGGGGCAUCAAAUCGGAACACAGCUCCUGCUUGUCCAGCCGGGCAAACUCAGCACUGUCCCUCACUGACACUGACCAUGAGAGGAAGUCUGAUGGGGAGAAUGACAUGCCUGGUAGCCCUCACAACCAGUUCACCUUCAGACCGCUGCCGCCGCCGCCUCCCCCGCCGCACGCGUGCACGUGUGCCAGGAAGCCGCCUCCCUCGGCCGACUCGCUGCAGAGGAGAUCCAUGACCACCCGCAGCCAGCCCAGCCCUGCUGCCCCCACGCCCCCCACCAGCACACAGGAUUCGGUGCACCUUCAUAACAGCUGGGUCUUGAACAGCAACAUCCCACUGGAAACCAGGCAUUUCCUGUUUAAACACGGAUCUGGGUCUUCAGCUAUCUUCAGCGCAGCCAGUCAGAACUAUCCCUUAACAUCCAAUACUGUUUACUCUCCACCUCCUAGGCCUCUUCCUAGAAGUACCUUUUCCAGACCUGCCUUCACUUUUAACAAACCUUACAGGUGUUGCAACUGGAAGUGCACAGCUCUGAGUGCCACUGCUAUCACAGUGACCCUGGCACUGUUGCUCACCUAUGUCAUUGCAGUACACUUGUUUGGUUUAACCUGGCAACUACAGCCUGUGGAAGGGCAGCUCUAUGAAAAUGGAGUUAGCAAAGGAAAUAAAGGAACAGAAUCCAUGGAUACUACUUACUCACCAAUUGGAGGAAAAGCUUCAGAUAAAACGGAAAAAAAAGUGUUUCAGAAGGGCCGGGCCAUAGACACGGGAGAAGUAGAGAUUGGAGCACAAGUUAUGCAGACCAUCCCACCUGGUUUAUUCUGGCGCUUCCAAAUUACCAUACAUCACCCUGUGUACCUGAAAUUUAACAUUUCUCUGGCAAAGGAUUCUCUGCUGGGAAUUUAUGGCAGAAGAAACAUCCCACCUACUCACACUCAGUUUGAUUUUGUAAAACUGAUGGAUGGAAAACAGUUAAUUAAACAGGAACCAAAAAACUCAGAGGAGCCUCAGCAAGCUCCCAGGAACCUGAUCUUGACUUCACUGCAAGAGACAGGUUUCAUUGAGUACAUGGAUCAAGGAGCUUGGCAUAUGGCAUUCUACAAUGAUGGAAAGAAAGUAGAGCAAGUGUUUGUACUAACUACAGCUAUUGAAAUCCUGGAUGACUGCUCUACUAAUUGCAAUGGGAAUGGAGAAUGUAUCUCAGGCCACUGCCACUGCUUCCCAGGAUUCCUUGGUCCUGAUUGUGCAAAAGAUUCCUGUCCAGUGCUGUGCAGUGGAAAUGGAGAAUAUGAGAAAGGUCACUGUGUGUGUCGAAACGGCUGGAAAGGUCCAGAGUGUGAUGUUCCAGAAGAGCAGUGUAUUGAUCCAACCUGCUUCGGCCAUGGUACCUGCAUCAUGGGCGUGUGCAUCUGUGUCCCUGGAUACAAAGGAGAGAUUUGUGAGGAAGAGGACUGCCUGGAUCCCAUGUGCUCUGGCCACGGCGUGUGCGUGCAAGGGGAAUGUCACUGCUCCACGGGCUGGGGCGGGGUGAACUGUGAGACUGCGCUGCCCGUGUGCCAGGAGCAGUGCUCAGGCCAUGGCACCUUCCUCCUGGACACAGGACUCUGCAGCUGUGAGCCACAGUGGACAGGACCAGACUGCUCCACAGAGCUGUGUACCCUGGACUGUGGCAGCCACGGUGUCUGCUCCAGAGGGAUAUGCCAGUGUGAAGAGGGCUGGGUGGGACCCACCUGCGAAGAGCGGACCUGCCACUCCCACUGUGCUGAGCACGGGCAGUGCAAGGAUGGGAAGUGUGAGUGCAGCCCAGGAUGGGAAGGGGACCACUGCACCAUUGCUCACUACUUAGAUGCUGUUCAAGAUGGUUGCCCAGGUCUCUGUUAUGGAAAUGGGAGGUGCACUCUUGAUCAGAAUGGGUGGCACUGUGUUUGUCAAGUGGGCUGGAGUGGCUCGGGAUGUAACGUUGUCAUGGAAAUGGUGUGUGCAGAUAACCUGGACAAUGAUGGAGAUGGCUUGACAGACUGUGUAGACCCUGACUGUUGUCAGCAAAGCAAUUGUUACUCAAGUCCUCUCUGCCAGGGUUCACCUGAUCCCCUUGACCUUAUCCAGCACAGCCAACCACCCUUCUCUCAGCAUCCUCCAAGGCUCUUCUAUGAUCGAAUCAGAUUCCUUAUUGGGAAGGAAAGCACUCAUGUAAUCCCAGGAGAUGUCUCCUUUGAGAGCAGACGGGCGUGUGUCAUCCGAGGCCAGGUUGUAGCAAUCGAUGGAACACCUUUGGUUGGAGUGAACGUCAGUUUCCUGCACCACAAUGAGUAUGGAUACACCAUCAGUCGACAGGAUGGGAGUUUUGACCUUGUGGCUGUUGGAGGAAUCUCUGUCACUCUAGUUUUUGACAGAUCUCCUUUCAUAUCUGAAAAAAGAACACUUUGGUUGCCUUGGAAUAGAUUUAUCAUUGUAGACAAAGUUGUAAUGCAAAGAACAGAGUUGGACACACCAUCCUGUGACAUCAGUAGUUUUAUCAGUCCAAAUCCAAUUGUACUCCCUUCCCCCUUGACAGCAUUUGGAGGGUCCUGUCCUGAAAGAGGAACUGUUAUUCCAGAACUACAGGUGGUCCAAGAGGAAAUUGCAAUUCCUUCAAGUUUUGUGAAGCUCAGUUAUCUCAGUAGUCGGACACCGGGGUAUAAAACUUUGCUGCGCAUUAUUUUGACACACACAACCAUCCCUUCUGGAAUGGCCAAAGUCCAUCUGAUAGUCGCUGUUGAAGGUCGUCUGCUUCAGAAAUGGUUUCCUGCUGCAGCCAAUUUGGUGUACACGUUUGCCUGGAAUAAGACAGAUAUAUAUGGACAGAAGGUUUCUGGUCUGGCUGAGGCAAUGGUGUCGGUGGGAUAUGAAUAUGAAACAUGUCCUGAUUUUAUUCUGUGGGAGAAGAGAACAGUAAUCCUUCAAGGCUUUGAAAUGGAUGCUUCAAAUCUGGGUGGCUGGUCUAUAAACAAACACCAUGUAUUAAAUCCACAAAGUGGAAUUGUGCACAAAGGAAAUGGGGAAAACAUGUUUAUUUCCCAGCAGCCUCCAGUCAUCUCCACUGUGAUGGGCAAUGGACACCAGAGGAGUGUCUCCUGCUCCAGCUGCAAUGGGCUUGCCCUCAACAGCAAACUCUUUGCCCCAGUUGCACUUGCUUCUGGGCCUGAUGGAAGUAUCUAUAUUGGGGAUUUCAAUUAUGUCAGACGGAUCUUCCCCUCUGGAAAUUCCAUUGGUAUAUUAGAAUUAAGGAAUAGAGACACAAGACACAGUACAAGUCCUGCACAUAAAUAUUACUUGGCUGUUGAUCCAGUGUCAGAAUCCCUUUACUUAUCAGAUACCAACACCAGAAAAGUCUACAAAGCCAAGUCUCUCACUGAAACAAAGGAUCUGGCCAAAAAUGCAGACGUGGUGGCAGGAACAGGUGAUCAGUGCCUUCCUUUUGACCAGAGUCACUGUGGGGAUGGUGGAAAGGCAUCCGAGGCCUCUCUCAACAGCCCAAGAGGUAUCACUGUAGAUAAGCACGGAUUUAUUUACUUUGUUGAUGGUACGAUGAUACGGAAAAUUGAUGAGAAUGGUGUGAUCACAACAAUAAUAGGUUCAAAUGGCCUCACAUCAACCCAGCCAUUGAGCUGUGACUCUGGGAUGGACAUCACUCAGGUGCGGUUAGAGUGGCCAACAGACCUGACAGUGAACCCUCUGGACAAUUCACUGUAUGUCCUGGACAACAACAUAGUCCUGCAGAUCUCUGAGAGCAGGCGCGUGCGGAUCAUUGCGGGGCGCCCCAUUCACUGCCAGGUGCCCGGCAUCGACCACUUCCUGGUGAGCAAGGUGGCCAUCCAUUCCACCCUGGAGUCUGCCAGGGCCAUCGCCGUGUCCCACAGCGGCAUCCUCUACAUCGCAGAGACGGACGAAAGGAAAAUCAACCGGAUCCAGCAGGUCACAACCAAUGGGGAAAUUUCUGUCAUUGCUGGAGCCCCGUCAGAUUGUGACUGCAAGAUUGAUCCUAAUUGUGAUUGUUUUUCGGGUGAUGGUGGAUAUGCCAAAGAUGCAAAGCUGAAAGCACCUUCUUCCCUAGCAGUGUCUCCCGAUGACACGCUGUACGUGGCAGACCUGGGCAACGUGCGCAUCCGCGCCGUGAGCCGCAACAAGGCUCACCUCAGCGACUCCAACCUGUACGAGAUCGCCUCGCCCGCCGACCAGGAGCUCUACCAGUUCACCAUCAACGGCACCCACCUGCACACGCUCAACCUCAUCACCAGGGACUACAUCUACAACUUCUCCUACAGCGGGGACGGGGACGUGGGCACCAUCACCAGCAGCAACGGGAACUCGGUGCACAUCCGCAGGGACACGAGCGGGCUGCCCCUCUGGGUCGUGGUGCCGGGGGGCCAGGUCUACUGGCUCACCAUAAGCAGCAAUGGGGUUCUGAAAAGGGUCUAUGCCCAAGGCUACAACCUGGCCCUGAUGACAUAUCCUGGAAACACGGGGCUUUUAGCAACCAAGAGUGAUGAAAACGGAUGGACAACUGUGUAUGAAUAUGAUUCUGAUGGCCACCUGACCAAUGCAACCUUCCCAACAGGGGAAGUCAGCAGCUUCCACAGCGAUGUUGAAAAACUGACACGAGUGGAACUUGAUACUUCAAACAGGGAGAAUGUGAUCACAGCCACAAACUUCUCAGCUACCUCUACAAUAUAUACUUUAAAACAAGAUAACACACAGAACAUCUACCGGAUCAGCCCAGAUGGGUCUCUGAGAGUCACCUUUGCCAGCGGAAUGGAAAUCACGCUUAACACGGAGCCUCACAUUCUAGCAGGGGUUGUCAGCCCCACACUAGGGAAGUGCAAUAUCUCCCUUCCUGGAGAGCAUAACUCAAAUCUCAUUGAAUGGAGGCAAAGGAGGGAGCAGACCAAAGGCAAUAUCUCUACAUUUGAGAGAAGGCUAAGGACCCACAACAGAAACCUGCUCUCCAUUGACUUUGACCACGUAACCAGAACAGGGAAGAUUUAUGAUGAUCAUCGGAAAUUCACUCUUCGAAUCAUGUAUGACCAGACAGGACGCCCCAUUUUAUGGUCCCCCAUCAGCAAGUACAAUGAGGUCAAUAUCACUUAUUCACACUCCGGAUUGGUCACCUAUAUCCAAAGAGGAACCUGGACUGAGAAAAUGGAGUAUGAUGCAAGUGGGAACAUCGUCUCCAGAACGUGGGCAGAUGGUAAAAUAUGGAGUUACACAUAUCUAGAAAAGUCCGUGAUGCUCCUGCUGCACAGCCAGCGCCGCUACAUCUUCGAGUACGACCAGUCGGAGUCGCUGCAGUCGGUGACGAUGCCCAGCAUGGUGCGCCACACCCUGCAGACCAUGCUGUCCGUGGGCUACUACCGCAACAUCUACACCCCUCCGGACAGCGGCGCCGCCUUCAUCCAGGACCUCGCCAGGGACGGGCGGCUGCUGCAGACCUUGUACCCCGGCACGGGCCGCAGGGUCCUGUACAAAUACACCAAACAGUCCCGGCUCUCCGAGAUCCUCUACGACACUACGCAAGUCACGUUCACCUACGAGGAAUCUUCUGGGGUUAUUAAAACAAUACAUUUAAUGCACGAUGGGUUCAUCUGUACCAUCAGAUACAGGCAAACAGGUCCACUUAUUGGUCGCCAAAUCUUCAGGUUUAGUGAAGAAGGGCUUGUAAAUGCCAGAUUUGACUACAGCUAUAACAACUUCCGUGUCACAAGCAUGCAGGCCAUGAUCAACGAGACACCCCUUCCCAUAGAUCUGUACCGUUACGUCGAUGUUUCUGGCAGAACUGAACAAUUUGGAAAAUUUAGUGUCAUUAAUUACGACUUAAACCAAGUGAUAACCACCACUGUGAUGAAGCAUACCAAAAUCUUCAGUGCCAAUGGUCAGGUGAUAGAAGUACAGUAUGAAAUUCUCAAGUCCAUUGCUUACUGGAUGACCAUCCAGUAUGAUAACAUGGGUCGCAUGGUGAUCUGUGACAUACGUGUGGGUGUAGAUGCCAAUAUAACGAGGUAUUUUUAUGAAUAUGAUGCUGACGGUCAGCUCCAGACUGUGUCUGUGAAUGAUAAAACCCAGUGGCGCUACAGCUACGACCUUAAUGGCAACAUCAACUUGCUGAGCCACGGGAACAGCGCGCGCCUCACUCCUCUGAGAUACGACCUGAGAGAUCGCAUUACCAGGCUUGGGGAAAUCCAAUAUAAAAUGGACGAAGAUGGUUUUCUCAGGCAAAGAGGCAAUGAGAUCUUUGAGUACAACUCUAAUGGUUUGCUGAACAAAGCGUAUAACAAAGUGUCUGGCUGGACUGUGCAAUACUCUUAUGAUGGUCUUGGAAGACGAGUUGCAAGCAAAUCAAGCCUAGGACAACACUUACAGUUCUUUUAUGCUGAUCUCUCCAACCCAAUAAGAGUUACUCACUUGUACAAUCACACUAGCUCAGAAAUAACAUCCCUAUAUUAUGAUCUGCAAGGUCAUCUCAUUGCAAUGGAAUUAAGCAGUGGAGAAGAAUAUUAUGUUGCUUGUGAUAACACUGGGACACCUCUAGCUGUGUUUAGCAGUCGAGGCCAAGUCAUAAAAGAAAUUUUGUACACCCCUUAUGGAGAGAUUUACCAGGACACUAAUCCAGAUUUUGAGGUUAUCAUUGGUUUUCAUGGAGGACUCUAUGAUCCUCUUACUAAAUUAGUUCACCUGGGGCAGCGGGACUAUGACGUCAUUGCUGGUCGGUGGACGACACCAAAUCACCGUAUAUGGAAGCACCUGAAUGCUGUCCCACAACCAUUUAAUCUCUACUCGUUUGAAAACAAUUACCCGGUUGGCAAAAUCCAAGACGUUGCUAAGUAUACAACAGACAUUGGAAGUUGGCUAGAGCUAUUUGGUUUCCAGUUGCACAACGUGCUGCCUGGAUUCCCAAAACCAGAGAUAGAAGCUUUGGGGACAACAUACGAACUUCUACAGCUUCAAACAAAAACCCAGGAGUGGGAUCCUGGAAAGACUAUCCUUGGUAUUCAAUGUGAGCUACAAAAGCAACUCAGAAACUUUAUAUCCUUGGACCAACUUCCCAUGACACCCAGGUAUAGUGAUGGCAAGUGUUCUGAAGGAGUGAAGCAACUGAGAUUUGCAGCUGUUCCUUCAGUGUUUGGAAAAGGCAUCAAAUUUGCUAUAAAGGAUGGUAUAGUGACAGCUGACAUUAUUGGGGUGGCUAACGAGGACAGCCGGCGCAUUGCUGCCAUCCUCAACAACGCUCAUUAUCUGGAGAAUCUGCAUUUCACCAUUGAGGGCCGGGACACCCAUUACUUCAUCAAGCUGGGCUCUUUGGAAGAAGAUUUGGCCCUGAUUGGCAGCACUGGAGGGCGGCGCAUCCUGGAGAACGGCGUCAACGUGACAGUGUCGCAGAUGACGUCGGUGAUCAAUGGCAGGACUAGACGUUUUGCCGACAUCCAGCUCCAGCACGGCGCGCUCUGCUUCAAUGUGCGCUACGGAACCACAGUGGAAGAGGAGAAGAACCAUGUCCUGGAGAUAGCCAGGCAGCGAGCCGUGGCUCAGGCCUGGACUAAGGAGCAGAGGCGGCUGCAAGAGGGGGAAGAAGGAAUUCGGGCAUGGACAGAUGGAGAGAAACAGCAGCUUUUAAGCACUGGGCGGGUACAAGGCUACGAUGGAUAUUUUGUUUUAUCUGUGGAGCAGUAUCUCGAACUUUCUGACAGUGCCAAUAAUAUUCACUUUAUGAGACAGAGUGAAAUAGGCAGAAGGUAACAAAGAAAAUCUCUGCCUUUGCGUCACCAAAGACUGCCUGUUUUUAAACGUAAAAUGGUUUAUUGUAUUGGUUUUUCUAGAUCAGAACUCUGUAUAUAUAAAUAUAGAGGAAAAAACAUAUCCAACUGCCUUUAAAUGUGACAGAAGAUGGUAUUUUAAUAUCGUUUGUUUAACUCUUUGAGAGAUGACAGUGACAAUUUUUAGUUCUUGUGUGGCAGUAUUCAAAAAUUUCAGAAGCAGAGUCCUGCGAGCCGAGCGGCGCGACCUGCGCGCGAGGUGCCCAGGGUGACACCGCACAGCCCUGCGGGGUAGGGGCGAGCGCCACGUGCUCUGCCUUCUCCUAAAGAAACACAAGUUUUUUGUUGUUGUUGAUUUAAUAAUUCACCAGUUAUUUAAAUGGUUACAGAGCCUGAUUCUGCAACCCUUAUUUACUGGGUGUCUUUUAUCCCAGUGAGAUCUCCCAUAAGUUCAAGGGAUUGCAUACUGAAACCAGACUGUGUAUGGAAACUUCACAGCUGCUCACCAACCCCACACAUGUUCCUCACAGUUAAAAGCAAAGGGAUUUUCUAACCUGGGAAAUCUGACUUGGGUUGGAUUCAGUACGUACAAGGAUGUUCCUAUGGCCUUUGCUCAGCCGCAGCCACCCCUCAGCUGCUCCAUGCUGAACGUCACAUGGUGUCCACCCGUGCUGUCAGGCCUCUCUCCCAGAGUUUGGCUCUGCACUGGGACAUACUAGGGUCUGGCAGCGCACACAGAGCUGCCAGUCUGCCUGCUGGCACUGUGCUGGCCAGGCUUCAGCCAGAGAUGGGGCGGCUAAAGCGGGCUUAGUGGGCACUGUAGUCUUCAGGAGGCUCUCCACUGGCAUGUGUGCUCCAAGCUGGGCUUUAACCCAGUGCUUUGGGGACACCCCAGCUGGGAGCCCUCACAGAGCAGUGUCAGGCUGUGCAUUAUCAGUCCUGUCCAUAGUCACUGGGCCAGGACUUGUCUUCACACAGAUGAUUUGGAAGGUGCAGUGUUGUUGGGUUUAGACAUCACAUUCUUUUCAUCUCAGAUUAAUAAUCCUGGUGUAGUACUCAUUUUUUCGAGUCUCAAGAAGAUUGGUGGGUUGGGAGUUGAUGAACCUAAGUGUCGAUAUUAAAUAUGUUGAUAAACAUAGAACAUUUCGGGGAUGACUCUUCACUUUUCAGCUCAAUAUCUAGAGCACACAGAAAAGCAUUAUAUUGCAUGGACAGAAAUUUUUAUUUUCCAAGGUAACAUGCACUACUGGCACAGUUACUUCAUAGCAGAGUAGGUGAUCCUUCCUCCAGCUUGUCAUUUUUAAAAGACCUGAUUUUCAGGAGGUGGGCCAGGCACACAGGGAGGUGGGGACAGGCAAGCAGUUUUCCAGAGGGAUCUAGAAGUCUUGUUAUAGAGCCUGUGUAUCGGUAAGAGUGAUGUUAUUGCACAUUUCUUUCAGAACAAACGUAGUAAAUAUAUUGAAACAAUUUCUGCUCAUAUUUACAGAAGCCAACAAAGUGCAUUCUUUAUCUUUCUUUUUUUCCCCCCAGUUUUCUUUUUUCCUUUGUUUUUGGGCAAGUGGAGCAGACUGUACCCAAGUUAGAGAUGAGCCUGAAUUGGCACCUAAGAUCUGAGCCCCUCCCUGGGGUUUGAGCUCAGGUCUCAGCCUCAGCCCAUUACAGUCUCUUCCCAGAUUCCUUUUGCUCCCCUGGGAGCCAGCGCAGCUUUGGGGGUGCAGGAUCAGGCUGAGUGGGAGCCUGGACCCUGAAAUCCUCCUCUGUCCCCAGACAGGGGGACCUGUGGACCAAAAUCUGCACAUACACAUUGUGAUCAGGCUCAUCAUUAACUAACGUACAGAACAGGGAGCUGGCAACAUCCAGGUUUGACAGCUCACAUUUCUGUAAUUUUCCAUAAAAUCAUGGAGAAUUUGAAUACCUCCACACCAGCCUAAAAAUGGACCUUCAAAUCCUUGAGCCUCUAAUACACUUUUAAUCAAUGGAAGAAUAAUUUAUGAAUUGUAUAUAGAGAGUGCAUUCAUAAAUGUGAUGAUGUAUUUUAUCACUGAUCCAAGAUGUCAAUAUUAGAGUCUAUUUUACUUAUAUUUUAAGCAAUUAUACUUUUUUGCAAUUCACUAAUGAGGAUCAUUUUCAAACUGCUUUAAAUAUCCAUUAUAAACAAAUAUUUGGAGCUAUUAGAGUUACCUUGAACAGUGCAUUUCUAGUAUGUAAUACAUAUUUAGUUAGCUUGUGCCUUUAGUUUCUUAAAGUUAUAUUUGUAUUAUAUGCAGGAAAUGCACUUUGUAUUACCUACAGCUGUGGUUUUUAAUACUGCCUUGAUUACUGUUGUUCUCAUGUUAUGCCAAAAGGUCAAAGAGUUAAAUGUGUUAAAAGUUUGUCUUUGAAAGUAGAUUUGGCAUUUUCCCAUUUCCUGGGUGCAGUCUAAGGUGCAUUUUGAACAAUAUUUCUUAUGAGAAUACAGUUUCAUUAAGAGUCACAUGACAUUACAUGGCCCAGUUACAAAAGCAAAAAAAUGCCUUCGUCAUAACAGUUUCUUAAAUUUAGGAAACUAAAUAUAAAUGUUGUGUUGAGAUGACAGUGCUCAAGAAACAAGUUAUUGCUGAAAGAGCAAGCAUGGGAGAUUGAAGUCAUAUCACAGCUCCACAUGGGCCAGCCAGCAGUGAUUUGUGAGAACUACAUGAACAAAUAGCUUUGGACCAUCAUGUUCAUCAACAACCUCAGAUGGAGGCAGGGAAUAUUUCAGUCUCCAUUUUUUUCCUGAGUAGUUAGAGCAAUUUCUCAGUGGGUUUGGAAUUUUUUAAUAUAGUUCUGGAAUUUUUUUAUAUAGUUCUCCUUUUUCUUUUUCUUUUUUUUUUAAUUUUGUAUUUUGCACUAUAACUUAGAGACCCAAUUGAGAAAAAAUAAAAACAAUAGCAUGGAAAUUUUCACUGUUAUUUAGAUCAGAUAAUUUGAUGCUAGCAUUCUGCACUGAAAACAAGGCUCUGAAAGAGGGAAAAAUAAAAUAAAAUAAUUAAAAUAAAGUAUAAAAUAAAUAAAAAUAAAAAUAAAUAAAAUCCACUAUUGCACACUAUCCUGUAGCAAAGUAUCUAUCAUAAGAAAUACAUGCUAUAUUUUUUAUGACCGCCAAACAAAUAGUGUGUACAAGUAACAUUUCCUUUGCUUUCAUAUUUAUUUAGUAAAUCUAGAACAUUUCAAAGUUAUAAAUAUAUAUAUAUAUAGAUAUCUAUGUAGAACAUAGCCAAAUAAAUAUAUAUGAACUGGUCAAUGUGCAAGUGGGUAUACACACCUUGGCUCUUUGGUUUGAGCUCUCUGGCAUCCCUCAGCUGGGCACUGGGCAGAGGUGGCCACGUGCCCUGGCUGUGCUCUGGGGUCCCACCCUGCACCCCCUGCCCACAGAGCCCCCCAGGGCUGGGCCAGGGGCAGCAGCUCCUCCAAGGUGAGCGAUGGGCGCUGUUGGAAGCCAAGGUGCUGUUCCAAAAGGGAAAGUGGUUUAGGCAGAGGAGCUCGUGGUUCGGCUGAGCCAAGGAGACAGGCAGUUCCCGGGGGUGUCCGUGUGUCCGGGGCGUUCGCCGGGUGCGGCUGAUCCGGCACGGUGACACCCGGGUGACACGUGGCUCAGGCUGCACCAAUAACCCCAGGGGUUUUCCCAUCAAAUGCUGGCUGCUAUUUAAACCUCUCCUUGAUACAAAACAUUACCAGGUUGAAAGCACCCUGACUGCCAGAGGAAUCACUUCCAGGCAGAAACUGGGAAUGGUGGAGUUGGACUCGCUGUGGAUUUGUCUGGGCAUUUGUCACCUGCCAUUAUUUGUCUAAGGAAACGUGUUUGACAAUUUCCAGUUUUUCCUUAGAUCUCGUGGUGGACUUUAGCCUUUUAAUAAAUGUUAGUAUAUCAGAUUGUGUCCUUGACAGUAUUUUACUUGUAUGAACCAUGAUAAAACAUUAAAAUCUUCAUAUUCUUCUGACAGAAGUGUCAAUAAACAAGAACGAGAAGCAUAGCAUACAAUAUAUGUCAAAGUAAUGUUACUUUUUAGCUUUCUCAUCAACAGUAAAAAAUGUUUACAAUGUAUGCCAAGAUCUUCACUUUCUGUCUAACACCAGUUAGAGGUUCUGAUCUUACAGAAAUUGUGUUAUAAUGGCCUCAGCCUCGUUGCUAGGAAACAAUAGAUCCCAAUUUUUUUAUUCCUGCUCUAACUCCUGUGCUGAAUAGUGACUGGAUACUGUACAGGUUUAUGUUAUAUGGCUGCAGUUAAAUGGUCUGAUGCAUUUUGCUCUGGGUUUCAGACCAGAAGCAUGCAUUUUCUACAAGAACAUCCCAGCAACACACUGUAAAUAUUGAAAGUUAAUAUAUUAUGUGUCGAUAUUUGAAAAAGAAAGUACUUUGACUAUUUCAUUUUUAAAAAAUAAAGGUGCAAACUUAUGGCAUGUGAUGUUGUCUUUGUUUACAUGAGUUUACAUCAGUAUUUGAGAUAUUCUGGUCAUGUCAGUAAAAGGUACUUCCUUAGAGCUAAAUGAGGAUGUCAGCCAAUAUUGAUUGACUCAAAAGUUGGGGGCAGGAUGUUGCUUAGCAAGAUUUAAUUUUAAUUCUGAUUCACCAAAGUUCAUGCUUAUAACUCUGCAGGUUUCACUGCAGGUGAAAUCCCAGCCAGUUUCUGUGUAAAGGUUAUUAUAUUUCAUCAAAGCAAAUGUGAGAGAGAAAAAAUAUUCUGUUAAAUGCCUUUGCACUCUUGAUAACAGUGUGAGUGAAGUCAAUGUUGCUGGCAGUGUGAGUAGCAAAGUUUAAGUAUCUGCAUGUUCUUUAGAGCUGCCUCAAAUAGAUGAUGAUGAAUGAGUCGGUGUUACCAAAAGUAUGUGCCCAGGAAAAUAAAACAUUAAAAGCCCAGUACAUGCAGCAGAGAGAAGGAGCGCAUGAAUGGAGGGGCACAAGGAAUGCAUAAGGCUAAAGGAAAGAUUGCAUGGUGAAAAACCAUGGAACAGCUGAGCUGGGUAAGAACCAAGCAGGAGGGCUGAGGCUGUGCUGGGUGGAUGAGAAGGAAGUGACUCCAAAGGGGUGGGUGCUCCAGUAAAAAAGGGAAGAAAACCAGCCUGGGAUAUUGUAUUGAUUGAGUGCUGCAGGAGGGCUGUCACAGCCAUAGGCAGGGAUAGGGGAGGGCUUAGUGGAGGCAAAGCCAGCGCUGAGGGAGCCUCAGCUGCUGCUGAGGAGCAGCAUUGCCUCUGCUGGGGACAGGGCCAGAGCAGGGGCAACAUGGUGAGCUACAAAGCCACCUGCAGAGCUGGGGCUGUGGCAGUGAGGGCACAGGGGUGGGAGGACUGGCAGGGGAACAGGGCACAGCGAGGGGCUGUGCCCAGUGGGGCUGCAGCCUGAAGGAGGUGGUGGGAGGGAAGCAGCAGGCAAUACUGACGUCAUGUGGGAAGUCAUACCAGCAAAAUGCAGCUGCUGCUCUCUAAAAGGAUCUGUAGCUCUUGACACCUAAGUCAUUGUAGGAAAUCAAUAUAAUUUCCAAAUUUCUGUUCCCAUAACCAAGCAUCUACUUCUUGUAUCUCAGGCACCACCACCUUCUCUCUGUUUCCACCUUGUUUAAGCCUACAGCAAUUCCAGACCCUUGGGUACCCAAAAGAAACAAUACAAGCCUCUGUCUUAAUAAUUCACACCAGAAACUGAAACUACAUUCUCAGCUUUAAACAGAAAUGGCAUCUUCUGGCCUAUUUUAUGUAUUUUUCAGAAGAACAAUGCACUUCUGGAGUCAACCACAGUCAAACCAGUUAUCCUCAGCUCACUGCACUGCAAAGUGGGUGAGCAGCUGCUGCUUGUGUGCUGCAGGUUUUCCACAUGCAGCCUCAGCCCCAAGUCAGUAGAGGACAGUUCAAUAGGAAACAGCCCCUGGGCGAAGUUCUUCCCACUGCAUGCAUCCCUACCACUGUGCAAUCAUCUGCCAGGGAUGAUUUCCAGGCACAUCUGUUCCUGCUCCCAGGAGAGGCCAGGUGAAUGAGGGGUUUAGAUCCAGCACUUGGAAAGCAGAAGAGCUCCUUGGGAAGGCUGGGGCUGCACACACACACUGCCAGCACCCAGCAGCUCAGCAGGCUUUGGGGAAGCGUGGUUUGCAAAGCUGGAGAGGAACUGCCAGGGACCAGAUGCCACAGGCUCACAGCAGGCUGGGAAACCUUUAAGGCAGGGAGGAGAAGGGAAAGCUUCAAUGGGCACAAGUGACAGCAAACCAGCCAGUGCAUUUGCUGAGUUAUGUAACAAUAAAAAAACAGCCUUUAAAUAUUUUACUAAAGAGACAAUCAUGCUGGAUCUGCCACUGUAUGGCACUGUAUUAAGGUAAGAAUAACUUCAACCAACAGGCACACACACAAAAAAGGCACAGAGCAACACAUGUAUAUGCAGUGUAAAAUAUGAUGAGACAGUUCACUGUAGAUGAAAUUUGGCCUUGAAUUAGACAGAAACUGAGUAAUGAACUAAAAAUGCCUCAACCACAACUUUGCAACGUUGUUGCCCACUAGUCCCUGUUGAGACGGAGCUGUUCACUUAUUGCACUUAUUCCUAUUGCUGGUUUACAAGAAACUGAGCUUCACAGAAAAUCUUUUGUUGUUUGCACUGUCUCACUCACACAGUCAGAGGGGGUAAAAAGGUAAACCUUUCAGCUUUAUCAAAUGUUACCUGGAGCAUCCACCUUGCUGAAUCAUGGACUUGCAGCCCACUUAGUUCUGUCAUUGUUCACAUCCAACUUGCCUUUAGUGAGGUGAAAACAAGGCAGGUGUGGGGCCUCUUGCUGUGCCACCAAGCUGCAGGUGGCAGUGUCAGGUGAAAUUCAGUCAGUUAUGUUCUCCCUGAGUCUGUAGCCUAGCAUUUCUGGAAAAAAAACUCUUUCUCUCUUAGGAAAUAUUUUUAGCCUUCCAAGAUCUGCAGAAGAGACAAGUAUAGGCAUAAAACAUAACCAGAGCAACCCAAAGGUGCCUGUACAAUAUUUAAGGCUUGUUUUUCUGUAAUUACAUAUAUUUUUGUAGACCAUUUGUAAUCGCUGUUAGUCUUCUGCUUUGGAAGGGAGCAUGUGAGACUUGCAUUCUUUUGGUAGUCAGGAGCAUUUAUGUUUGUUGAAGCAUGGCCACUGGUGGCACAAACCAGCCAUCUGGAUCCCCCUGCAUCCCCCCUGCACACAAACAAGGCUGGGCCCUAGCUGGAGUCCCUCUCAAAGCCCACAGGAACUCACACAAAUCUACCUGGCAAAAACCCACAUAGAGGUAGUCUGGACUGUGGACGGCAGUGCAACACAGCCCUAUCUCCUCAAACACAGCCCUGUCUCCUCAAAAAGAGGGCCAUAGGACACCCAGUCUGUUCAAAAGUGUUUCCUACUGUCUAGCAGUCCAUUCGCAUAGUGC